GCGAUGGGUAAGGCUUCUGUUUGGACGUGAAUUCCCACUUCAGGACCUUCUGGUUAUCUGGGAUGCUCUAUUUGCUGACAGUAUCACCCUGAAUUUAGUUGACUACAUUUUUGUAGCCAUGUUGUUAUAUAUUAGAGAUGCCUUGAUUUCAAGUAAUUAUCAGACCUGUUUGGGACUUCUGAUGCAUUAUCCACCUAUUGGAGACGUUCACUCCCUUAUCCUAAGAGCACUUUUUCUCCGAGAUCCAAAGAGAAAUCCAAGACCAGUGACUCAUCAGUUCCAACAAAAUUUAGAUUAUUACAAAGCGCGUGGAGCAGACUUGAUGAACAAAACCCGCGCCAGUGCUAAGGCUGCCCCAUUGAACAUUAACAAAGUCUCCAACAGCUUACUGAAUUUCGGCCGAAAGCUCAUUGCUCCGGCUAUGGCUUCAGGUGGGGCUGUGGGUGCUCCUGCCGGCGGGAGCAGCUUCCCCACCUCUGCAAUGCCUAUCAGAAGCACAGUGGAAACCCCCCAGCACCAGCACCACCACCACCAGGCACAGCAGCAAAGGAUGAUGAAGUCCGAAAGCAUGCCGGUUCAGCUGGGCAAAGGUAAAGCAGGCGAGGCAGAGGCAGAUGCUGGGCUGCCGGGCCCUGCGCAGCAUCCCCCUGCCCUCCCAGGCCAAAGUUCAAAAAACAUCAGUUCAUCUCCAAGCAUAGAGAGCUUGUCUGGAGGACGUGAAUUUACAGGAUCUCCACCUUUGUCUGCAUCAAAAAAGGAUUCCUUUUUCAAUACAAUCUCCCGCUCCCGUUCCCAAAGCAAAACUAUGAGCAGAAAAGAAUCAGAGGAGGAAUUGGAGGCCCAGAUUUCAUUCCUACAAGGACAACUAAACGACUUGGAAGCCAUGUGCAAAUACUGUGCAAAGAUGAUGAACACACAUCUUGGAAAUAUUCAGGAAGUCAUACUACAAGAACACUUGGAAAAAGAAGAUGAAAUCCUGGUUUCCUUGGCUGGUUUGAAGCAGAUCAAGGAUAUCCUGAAAGGUUCAUUGCGUUUCAACCAGAGUCAGCUGGAAGCUGAAGAAAAUGAGCAAAUCACUAUAGCCGAUGAUCAUUACUGUUCCAACAGUCAGAACAAGGGGACAGGUGAUGCCCUAAAGGGACCUGUUAUGACAAAGCAGCAGUUCAUCUCAGAACGACAGACUACGACUGACUCAAGCACUAGUGAAAGCAAGACUGCUGAUGACUAUAUUAUGGUUUCCAAAGAAGAGGAAGGACGUAGAAGUGCUGUCCCAGAGCCAGCACAAUCCCUUCAGGCGCACAAGGAGGCAGUGGUGAAGCCAGAAGCUCCUUCUCGUUCUUUGAUAUUCUCUGACCCGCUGAUGGGGUCCAUUUCAGCCUCCUCCAGCAACCUGAGCUCCAGCCCUGAUGACGACAGUAGUAAUAACAGCAAAGAUUCUGAUUUUGCUAUUGUCAGCCCACUGGACAUCUAAAGAAGCAGGUUGGAAGAGUUUGCAAGAUUAAUUGUUACAACUCAGCGCAAAUUCCUGUGAUUCCAUGGGCUGGAUAAGUCUUUGG